GUUGAAUUAAUUUUACUCACAACAAAAUAUUAGCAUUUCCACUUCCGAUAUUUUGAAAGGUUUUAAGCAGAUCAUCAUGGUAUGAUGACUUAGAUGGAAGUAUAAUAGAGGGAUGAGUGACCCAUUGUCACAAAGAGGCCCUCCAAAGGGCAAAGUAGUCAAUCUAAGAGUGAAGUUCCUAGAUGACAGUGUUCAUGCAUUUCAGAUUACUAUCAAGGGAUUAGGAAAUGUAUUAUGGGAAGCUGUGGUACGGUAUUUACAACUGGUUGAAUCUGACUAUUUCGAUCUACAGUAUGAUGAUACACAUGGUGUUAGGUGUUGGUUAGACCAUGAGAAGGGUCUAUUGAAGCAGCUUCCAUCACCAGAUAGUCCCCUUGACUUCUGUGUAAAGUUCUACACACCAGAUCCUGGCUUACUUGAUGAAUUUACUAGGUACUUAUUUGCAUUACAGGUAAAAAAAGAUUUAUCUGUUGGACAAAUGGUUUGUAGUGAGAAUACUGCAGCACUUCUAGCAUCCUAUAUUGUUCAAGCUGAGUUGGGAGAUUAUAUCAUAGAAGAAUACAUGGACCAUACCUAUUUGAUGAGCAUGCCACAAUUUAUUCCAAGGCAGUCUGAAGGUCUACUGAAGAAAGUUAUGGAAUAUCAUAAACAACACAUUGGGGAAACACCUGCAGAAGCAGAAGCUAGCCUAGUAGAUGUUGCCAGGAAGGUAGAAACAUAUGGUAUCAGACUGAAUGCUGCCAAGGAUCAUGAAGGUGUAGCUCUUUACCUUGCUGUAGCGCACAUGGGCAUUUUAGUGUUCCAGAAUAAUACUAAAAUCAACACAUUUUCCUGGGCAAAGAUAAGAAAACUAAGCUUUAAAAGGAAGAAAUUCCUUAUUAAGCUACAUCCAGAUACCUAUCCAGGAAAAGCUAAGGGAUAUUAUAAAGACACAGUGGAAUUUUUCUUUGAAAGUCGAGAUGAAAGCAAGAACUACUGGAAGCAGUGUAUAGAGCACCAUGCAUUUUUUCGCUGUCACAUGAUCAAGAAAAUACCACGAAAUAAAACCAAGCUAGUCAGUAGAGGAUCAUCUUUUAGAUAUAGUGGUAGAACACAGAAACAGUUGAUGACAUAUGUCAGAGAAACUUGUGUCAAGAGUCCAUCGUUUCAAAGGUCCACCAGUGGUCGUAUUUCAUCAGGUAGUCGUAGUACAAGUGUCACACCUAAAAUUUCUGCCAAAAUGACUUUGAACAAUUCCACUGAUACCCACAACAGUACAGCAUCCAGUGGGUCACAUAUCUUAAGUACAGGGGCAGACACGCCCCAUGACAGAACUGAAGUGGUAGAUGUACAUAGUGCUGGCAGUUCACUAUCUGGUAGCCGUUCCCUUGGAUCACCAAAACCAGAACACAGCUCAACACCAGACGGGACAAUUGACACGAAGGCGUAUCUUGUCAGCGGAGGUGAGGAAGAAAGAGACUUGCCACCUCCAUACCCAUCUGUAGUAUCCAAACCACCUCAUGGCUUACGGCAGGAGGACAGAAAAAUGUCUGCUCCAGUGUUUGGUACAAAAGAAUAUCAGAAUGCUAGAGAUAGACAGAAUGAGAAUAGGUUAUCUCGAUGUGAUGAAGUAGAAAAUAUCCCAACUGUCGUACAGGAGGAACCAGAAAUGGAGGAGGACUUCCAUUGCCAUGUAAAUAGAACUGUAAGUCAAAAUGAUAACGCUAUGAUGGAAAGGGAUGAAUCUCCACCUCCUCCCCCACCACCUCCUUUGGAUGAUGACAUUCCCUUUACUCCACCCUGCUACAGGUCCACUCCACAACGAGACAUUGAUCAUGGUACAUCGAUAUUGUCAGAGCAUGAAGGACCAAGAAGUAAUGUCAGUGUCUUAUCAUCAUCUAGGACUGAGGACUCUGAGGAUGAUCAUAGAAAAAAGGCAAAGAGGCAUCUUGUAGAUAGAGCUUAUUAUAUUGCCAAAGAACUGUUAAUGACGGAGAGAACAUAUAAAAAAGACUUGGAGGUUAUCACAGUUUGGUUCAGGAAUGCUGCCUCCAAUGAAGAGACAAUACCAGAUUGCUUAAUUACAUUGUUUUCAUCGCUGGUUCCUAUCUAUGAAUUCCAUUGUGAUUUUCUCAAAGAGUUAGACCAGAGAUUGUCAAUGUGGGAAGGAAAGACAAAUGCUCAUAUGAAUGGUGACUAUCAAAGAAUAGGAGAUAUAAUGAAUGACAGCUUUAAUACUAAUGUACUAAAUAUGUAUAAACAUUACAUUGAUCAUGUGGAAGAUUUACUUACACAAGUACAGGAAAAUAUGAAGAGAAACAAAAAGUUUGAUCAAAUGUACAAAGAAUUUGAAUCUCAAAAAGUUUGUUAUCUACCCUUGAAUACAUUCUUUUUAAAACCAGGCCAAAGAUUACUUCACUACAGACUUAUUUUAGAACGAAUAACAAAGCACUAUUCCAUGGAUCAUCAGGAUUAUUCUGACUGUGAUGCUUGCCUGAAGAAUUUUACUGAUGCAGUUUCUGAAUGUAAAGACAGAAUGAAACUAGAAGAGAAUCUUCAGAAGUUAAUAGAACUGCAGAGAGAUAUGAUAGGAAUAGAUACUUUAGUCGAUCCUGAUAGAAAAUUUAUUCGAGAAGGAUGUUUACAGAAAUUUUCAAGAAAGGGAUAUCAACAAAGAAUGUUUUUUUUGUUUUCAGAUAUAUUGUUAUAUUCUAGUCGUACGGCAUCCUCCUUACUACAGUUCAAAGUUCAUGGACAGCUCCCUCUUAGAGGAAUGAUUGUUGAAGAAUCUGACCAUGCCAAAAUGGCUGUAGCAAAUAGUUUUGCCAUUUAUGGUGGAAAUAAAUGUAUACUUGUAGCUGCCAGUUCACAAGAAGAGAAAGAUAAAUGGAUAGAAGACUUGAAUGAAGCCAUAAUAUCAUCUGGAAAUAGAAAUGAUAGUAAACUUAAAUAUGCUAGUCUAAAAUCAUCUACAAGUUCAUCAGAAAAUGUUGAUGGUGAAACUCCAGAAAUAAAUGGUCAUGUACCAGAGAAACAAAUACAUCAUAGAUCUAAUACUACCAUGCAUGUAUGUUGGCACAGAAAUACAAGUGUUAGUCUCAGAGACCAUGAAAAAUCUGUCAAGAAUCAGAUGAGUGGUUACUUACUAAGGAAGUUUAAGAACAGCAAUGGAUGGCAGAAACUGUGGGUUGUCUUCACUAACUUCUGUUUAUUUUUCUACAAAACAUAUCAGGAUGAUUUCCCUUUGGCAAGCCUGCCGUUACUAGGUUAUGCAGUUAAUACACCUGAUGAAGAAGAUGGGAUUCACAAAGAUCAUGUAUUUAAAUUACAAUUCAAAAAUCAUGUCUAUUUCUUCAGGGCAGAGAGUGAAUACACAUUUGAAAGAUGGAUGGAAGUAAUAAAUAGUGCAACAAACAGUGCUAGAAGAAUAAGACUAUUUAGUAGACUGGACAGUCAGCAUGCUUCAUAGGGAUUGCUCAAUGUGUAGUACAAGGUUGUAUUAUGUUUUUGAAGAACUAGUGAAUUUUACAUAAUGGACAACCAGUCUACAGUUAGUAAUUUUAAGACUUUAAUUGAUGGCAGAUGUGAUGUAUUUGGGAUAGUUGCACAACCUCUUAAUAUUUUUUAUUUGAAGACCCUCGGAAAUAUUGAUAUCAAGUGUGGUACUUCAGAGUUUUAAAUAGGAAAUUUUUUUUUACUGUCAACCAUUUAAAAAAUGUCAAAUGUAAAGAUGAUUUUCAUUUAAUAUAUUCAUCUUUUCAGCACUCUGUAUAAGUGAGAGUAAGAUGAUAAUGAUGUCUAAAAUAUCAAAUAAAAUAUCAAAUACUGUUUAAGAUAAGACUUAUGUUGUUCCAGCUGAAAAUAAGUUUUUAUGUAUUGAAACCUACUUUUUUUACACAACUCUGUAAAUUGUUUAUUUACUAUUAUUGAACAAAAGAUUUGAAGUAUUACAAAUUCCAACAAACCAUACUCAAAUAAUUUAUAGUCAUUUACGAACUGCCUUUCCAUCCACAACUUUUAAACUGUGAAAGCAUAUUUUUAAUCAUCAUACGCUGAAAAUUAUGACAUGACUUAAAAACUUAUUUUUCAAUGCCUAAGUAAAAAAUAUCUGUUUUACAAAUUAUAUGUACAGAAAUAACUUUCCUUACAUUGCAUAGAAACUGUAGAAAGCACUGGAAAAAAUCAGAUUUUUUUCCUUUUUGGAAUUAAUUUCAGGAAAAUCAAUUGCUAACCUUAGUAAGAUUGUAACUGGAGUGUUACAUUUAACAGUAUAUAAUAUUUAGGCUACAACAUGGUAUGAGAUAGUCAUGAAAACAAAAGCCAGUAAUUCACAUAGAAGUGCCUUAGAUUGACUAGUAUUAUUAAUCCAUUUUAAUUGAUUUUUUGAAUAUUUUAUUCAUCAAGCAUUUAUAGCUUUAGCAGUUUUUGCCGCUUUGAUUUUUUGCUAUCUUCAUUUUUCGAUUUUUAAUAUUUUUCGAGAAGAUCAUUUGACAGCUGCUGCUCAGAAAAUUAUUUCAUUCAUGAAUCCAUUUUUAUUGUCACAAGAACUUGAACUUGUAACAUGUUUUUCAGGGAGGAAAUAUAGAAGUUCCUAGUCAUCAGUAAGAAAGUUUUGCCGAAAUUUUGCUUGCAUGCAUAAUAUUGUAAAACUCAUAGAUUUAAAAAGUGCUGAUAUAAAGACUUUUGAGAUUUGUUUAGUGUUGUUGUCCUUGCGUCAAACCAUUUAAUGUUUUAAAAUGCAAAAAAAAAAAAUACCUUGCUUAAAUGAGUACUGAAGUUCUAGUAUAUUGUUCACUACACUUUUACUGAACUUUGUCCAAACUUGACUGUAGGUUGUUGAAGGGAGAUAACAAUGUCAAGUUAAUUAAACGUACUUGAAAAAAAGAUAUACAAUGAGAUGCAUUUAUUUUUUUUUACAAAUAUAAAUAAAAUAAUAUUUAAUGCUAAUAUACGGUUGAAAUCAAAGAAGAAUUCCACCUGGCCCCUUUUAUAGUUCUAACAAACAUAUGUAUAUUGAUAACUUUUGGAAUAGUUCAUCAUAUAAAAUUUCUGAACUUUUAAUUUUUGAAAUUACACACAUUCUUUACUACUAGCAUAAAAAAUAAACUGUUCACUAAAACAGAACAUUGCUUUUGUUACCUUCAAAUGUUUUAUACCAACCAUUUGGCUUUUAAAUUUUGAUGAUUUUUAUAAUUAUAUCUAUAUGUUUUUGUGUAACAAUAUAGCAUUUAGCAUAGAAAGAAUAUAUGUUAAACAAAACAGUACAUUUAAAUGUUUAAAAUACUAUCUUCAUUUCUUUUCUGUACAAAUAUAUCCUUCUUACUGUGUUUUUCUGUAGUUGUUUGUGACAUUGAUUAUGUCUCAUUUUACAUUGGGAACAGAAGGCAAGAUACAUGUAUAAAUUCAUUUCAUUCUUUUGUGGUUAGUAUUCCAAUGAUACAUUGGAAAAGAUAUAUUUCAAGUAGAUUUCAAACCAUCAAAAUAAAAUUUAAGUUUACUUGUUUGAAAAAUAUUUGAUUUGACAAAGGUUUACAGUUGAAAAUGGUUGAUAACAUUUGAUUUGAAUGGUUAAUGAACAAUGUUCUUCAGAUACACCUUUAUUUCAGUUUCUUAUGUUGUGCUACUGAAAUUGAAUUUUACAAACACAAUAUUAUACUGGUACACCAAGAUGACAUUAUUCAGUUUAAUUAUGAUUCAACUUAAAGUAAAUUUUGAUAGUUAUUUGGCCAAAAACCUCAGUAAAAAAUGUUAUGAAAAUUUACAUAUAAACUUGCCUUAUUAUUAAAUAAUUGAUGUAUGUGGUUUAAUUUUUGUUGGUAUUUUGUUGACGUAUCUUGUGUUCAGAUGUGACAUAAAAAUAUUAAAUACAAAUAACACAUAAUUCCAUGAAAUGCAAUAUUGGUCUCAAACAGAAAUAUGAGAUGACACAGAUUAAUUUGUUAUUGAAGUGCAAAAAUCCUUGUGAUUGCAUGUAUCAUUUUCUAUUCAAAUUUCAGAUGCUUAAAUAUAUUUCUGUGUGUAGUGUUAAUGCUUAUCUGUGUACUGACACGGUCUGUCCUGUUUAAAUACACUUGUCUAUAAUAUACAAUUUCAUCUGUUACUUUCUUUCAUGAAAACUUAAUUAUAUGUUCUACAUUUCUUCAAAUAUUUUGUCUCAUUAUGAAUAUUUUCUUACAUUUAUUACAAAAACUUCAAGAAUUUUUUAAGAAUUUUAUCAGAAUUAUUACCUUCCUCGUACAGUACUGCUGUAAAAGACAAUAGUUUUCCCAACAUAUACAAUUUAAACACAGUUUUUGUAUCGCACAAUGUUUUAUUCCAUUCAUUUUAUGUACAGUGUAAAGAAUAUAUCUUCAUAUACAGACAUAGAUUUUAUAUUGUUAUAUAAUUUACACAAGUAUAAUAUUUAUUAUGGAAAUAAUGUAAAACACAGCUUUAUCCUUUUGGAGAAUUUUUUUAUUUUUUAUGUAGAAAUUGUAUAUUAGAAAUAUGGUUGCAUGGCAACAUCAUAUUUAUUUGUCUAUUUUCUCUCUUACAUUUUAGGGAUUUUAAGCAUAUAUGUUAAUAAACAAUUAAGGCUUGUUUUAUAGUUUUAGGGCAUUCAUAUUUAUUUAAAAAAGAAAACCUUGUCUAUUAAAUAUUGAACAUCUUUGUGAAAUGUUUCAUCAAAAGGAUUCUGUUGUUUAAUACAAGAAAAUUAGUGUAAAGGACAAGGUUCACUUUAGACCAAAUAUGACCUUGAAAUACAACUGUAUUAUAAAAUAUUAAAAUGGCCAUAACUUGGUUCUUAAAUGGAUCUAUUUCAAAAGCCUUACUACUAGGUUAAACACAUCUCUUCAUUAGAGUACAAUCUAGGCUUCAAAGUCAGCACAUUUUGGAUAUGUUGUCAUAAAACGAUGAUUUUGUGUAUUUUUCCGACCUAAAAGCUUGAGGAAACAUUUGGCCGUAACCUAGGAUCCAAAAUGUUCUGUAGCCAAAAGUUGUCAACGAUGAUAUUGAAUCCCUUGACACAAAAACAUUCUGGAUCAGGGGAGGCGGCCAAAGUAAAUUAUGUUAAAAACUAUUUAAAUUUAUUGAAAAUUUGACCAAAACUGACGUUACAACACAAAUAAUGCAUACUUGAGAGGUUAUUUCUUCGUCAUUUUUAAUGCGAUGUGCCAAAAAGAAGUUAUUUUGUGUUAAUAGUUAUGUCACAUCUAUUUCUAUGUGAAAAUUUUUAGUUUUUUGGCAGUAUUAAAAAAACAUCAAAUUUUUAGGGCCAAUUUUAACCCUUCGUGAACUUACUCCUUUGUUAGAUCUGUGAAGAACUGCAUGUUAUUCAGUGAUUAAAUUUCUCAUUGCUUUUAUCAUAACACCUAAAAAUGUGAUGUUUAUUAUAUAUAAACAUUGUAAGAACACUGUUACCAAUACACAGCGUCUGAUAUUACAUCACUGACAGAUGUUAUUGUCCCUGGUGAAGGAUCAUCGUUAUAUAGUGAUUAAUUUCACAGAGAAGUCAUCAAUCUUUACAAGUUUUUAAAUGAUUCAUACAAGGUGUUUUUGUUUGUUUAGAAAGAGGUCAAUGGCUAUUUUACCUUUAUCAAAUGGUGUACACUAUGAAUAAAUAAUGUACUUUUAUGAAAUGAUGUACACAUAUGAAUAAAUAUUGACUUUAAUUAAAUGAUGUACACAUACGAAUAAGUAAUGUUCUGCAUUUAAACAUUAAAAUAUAAGUUUUUUGUACCACAAUGUUUUUUUUUUUAAACUGUUUUGAAUGUUUUCAAAAUAAUGCAUGUUUUUUUAUGUUAUUCCUGAAUUUUAUACUUCUAAAAUAGAAUUUAACAUAUCAAUAUUAUUCAAGUCAGCAGAUUGGUAACAAUGAAAUAUGUAUUACCUCAGUGUAUAUACGGUAUAUAUUAAGGGGCACUUUUUAUAAAUCUUUUGUUCAGUUUAUGCUCUUAUUGUAACAAGUAUCAAGAUGUUUUAUUUGAAGGAAUAAUACUUAAAAUGUGUAACUUUUGAUUUUGACAAUGAUUGAAAUUUUCAUCAGGUAGGAUUUUUUAAAUCUGUAAUACAUUUUGUAGAAAACUAAGAGCUUUGUGCAAAAAAGUUUAAAAAAAAAUAAAAACUGUGGCAUUUAGCUUUCAUCAGAUCUGUUUCUAAGUUGAGUUAGAAUUCAUUGAUGGGAUAAACAUUAUUAUUACACACUGAUCAAAUUUAUAUAAAUCAAUUUUGUACUAAGUAGUAUUAAGAUUGCAAUAAGUUCUUGUUUAUUUUUGUCAAUUCACUUAGACAUUAAACGUUUGGUAGGAUAUCUUUUGGUUGUAUGUAAAGUAAUUGUUAAGAAAUUUGGUAGGAUGUAUUUUGGUUGUAUGUAAAGUAAUUGUAAGAAAUUUGGUAGGAUAUCUUUUGGUUGUAUGUAAAAUAACUUUUAUCUGUGGUAACUCACAAUUUGUUCACUGUCACUAAAAUCUCUAAUAAAUAUAAAAACUAUAUGUCUGUAUCUAUCAUAGGAGAUUUAUUUUGAUUUGGUGCUUAAUAAUGUAUAUAGGAGUCAUUACAUUGUACAUUUAUCAUGAGAAAUAAAACAUCAUCAGAUCUG